AUGAGCACGAUCAAGAACAGGCGGGUGGUAAUCGCCUCGCUCUUCCUGCCCAAUACCGCUCUACUCGGCGCUGAGGAUGUCGAGCCUACACAUGAACUGCCGACAAUUCCAUCCCCCGGCGUACUCAAUGGCAAUCCUGUGCUUUCUAUGCCCAAGCCUAUGACCCACGCCCGGAGAACUUCGGGUCCGAUCACGAGUAUCCUGGACGAUCUGGCCGGAAAGUCGCGAGCUGUUACGCCGACAAAGGGUUUGCUGAACGAGCCCAACCCUCUGUUCUCGACUAUGACACCUAUGGGCGAAGAUGUCAACCCGUUCGGAAGGUCUGCCCUGCCGUCCAAGACGACCACCCCGCUAUCUCGCCCGCCCGUGUCCCGCGUUGUGACGGGAAAUAACCCAGAGUUCUCCCGCCGCACCGCGCAGAACCAGGAAUUCGCUCUUCCGCUUCACAUCCCACAUCGCGUCCAGCGCAAGAUGACACGCACGAGCUCUGUCCGACGUACACGCAGCUCGGAGUCAGGAAACGAGAGCCCUGGUGGACAACCCUGGCACAUUGACCACAAUCCUCACUGCAACGGCGGUCUGCACAACGCCGUGCAAUCCAUCGAUGCACGGCUGAAGGAGAAGCUUUGGGUCGGUACCCUCGGUGGCGAUACGGAUAGCCUCAACGGGUCCCUGCGUCGUAGCAUCGAUGCUCGCAUGGCGAAGGAGUGCGACUCUCUACCCGUCUGGAUACCCGACGAGGAGUUCGGGAAGUACUACGACGAGUUCUGCCAUCAAGUGCUUUGGCCAUGCCUACACUACGUCGUCCCCGAUGCGCCGAAGACCAAGUACUUUUACGAGAGCUCUGCUUGGACGCAGUACAAGACGGUCAACCAGCGUUUUGCGGAUGCUAUCGUGGCAAAUUACAAGGACGGCGACAUCAUCUGGGUAAACGAUUAUCACUUGAUGCUUCUGCCCGCUAUGCUCCGCGAGAAGCUUCCGCAAGCGACUAUCGGCUUCUUUAUGCACGUCGCGUUCCCCAGCUCGGAGAUCUUCCGCUGUCUGGCCGUGCGGGAGCCCAUCCUCCGCGGCAUGCUCGCGGCGGAUCUCGUCGGCUUCCAGACUGCGAACUAUGCACGCCACUUCCGGCAGACCGUUGCGCGCAUCCUGUCCUUCGAGACCGUGCCUAAGGGGAUACAGUGCGAAAACAAUUUUGUCGACGUUGGUGUCUUCCCCAUGGGCAUCGACGUGCAGGCCCUCCAGGAGCGCAAGCAUGACGAAGAGGUGCAGCAUUGGGUUGGCGUACUCAAGGAGCGCUACGCGAACGUCAAGCUUGUCGUCGGUCGCGAUAAGCUGGACGAAGUUCAGGGCGUACGGCACAAGAUCGCGGCAUUCGAGGAGUUCCUCACGAAGUUCCCUCAAUACCAGGGCAAAGUCGUUCUUCUGCAGGUCGCUCUCCAUACGACCGAGCAGAACGAGCACCAUGGCGGCGUCUCGGACAUCGUCUCACGGCUCAACUCCCGCUUCUCUUCCCUGACGUAUCAGCCCGUCGUCUUCCUGCAUACCGAGGACCUCUCGUUCGCACAGUAUCUCGCGCUUCUUACGGUCGCGGACGCGUUUAUUGUGACGAGCAUGCGCGAGGGCAUGGCUCUUCGCUCGCAUGAGUUCGUGGAGUGCCAGGAAGGCCGCCAUCGACCGCUCAUCCUCUCGGAGUUCACCGGCACGUACAGCUACUCGGGCUUCCGCUCGUGUAUACCGAUCAACCCCUGGGACACGCGCAACACGGCCAAGGCCAUUCACCAAGCCUUGUCGAUGGACGAUGAUGAAGCGCGCACACGGUGGGAGGACCUGCAUGCUCACGUCGUGACACAGACGGCCCAGGCGUUUGCGACGAGCUUUUUGACGCGCUGUGUGCGCACACAUGCGGAGCAUACCGCGGCCGACUCGGACCCGGACGCUGUCGCUGCACUCGAUACGCGCAGGUUGCUUCCACGAUACAAGCACUCACAGAGCCGGUUACUCCUUCUCGACCUUGAGUACAGCCUCUGGCAACGGGACCCCGCCGGCGAGCGUGGGAAUGAGGGUUCAAGCAUGGCUGUUCCGGAAGAGGCGCUCGACAUUGUCCGUCGUCUCAGCGAAGAUGCGCGCAACGAGGUCUGGCUGCUCAGCGGGCUCCGCCGCGAUGGGCUCGAGAACAUCUUGAAGGUUGCGCCGAAGGUUGGACUCGUUGCCGAGAAUGGAUGCUACAUCCGCACGAUUCCUGGCAAGAACUCGACCGGAGAGUGGGUGUCCAUGGUCGAGCGCUUCGAUCUCGCGUGGAAGGCGCCAACUGUUGAGAUCCUCAACUACUUCUCCGAGCGCACUCCUGGCUCGUGGGUGGAAGAGCGCGAGGCGAGCGUUGUGUGGCGCUACUGUGCGCCCGAUGCACCAGAUGGCGACCGUCAAUGGGCGCGGCGCCAGGCCGCGGAGGCACAGAACCACAUAUUCGAUUCCCUCGGCGAGCGCUUCGGCCUGCGCAUCAUUCCCGGCGCAUCAUCCUUCCUCGUCUUGCCCAACUUCAUCUCCCGCUCAUCUGCUGUGGGCGCUAUCCUGCAUCCCUCUGGACCUGGCCGCGCACCGCGCGGUACACCUGUCGAGAGCGCAGACGUUGGGGAGAAGUUCGUGUUCGCAUUGGGCAACGAUGAGAAGCUGCUAAGGCGUUUGGGUGAGGUGGAUGGUGUCGAGACGUGCUCGACCAGAGUGGAGGGGAAGACAGACGCCCGGUGGCGCUGUGCGAAAGCGGAUGUAUUGGGUGUAUUGAGGGCGUUGGCCGACUCGUCGACGCAGUAA